AUUUUGAUGCAGCUGCUUUGACUGAGAGAGCGAGAGGCUGGGGUUGAGAUUCUGGGCUGUGGGUAGUUGCUGCUAUUGGAGAGAAUAAAGAAGCAGUGGGGGGGGGAGAAUUAGAGAGGAGACGCAGGAAUCCACCUCGCUGGUCGGCAGGACUGCAGUGAUGCUUGAGCCUAAAUGGAUUACAUGUGGAUUGACAGCCCAGACUCAGGGAUCAGAACUGUAUUAGAGGAGUGGGUCUCUGCUUGUGUCGUGGCCCCACUGGGAAUACGUUGCCGAGAGCUGGAAGCCCACAAGGCUGUACCAAUGGAGAACUUAUUUCUAGUAUUUAAGAAGGCGAGUCCAAAUGGAAAGCUGACUGUUUACUUGGGCAAGAGGGACUUUGUUGAUCACGUAGACGUGGUGGAUCCUGUGGAUGGGGUGGUGUUGGUGGACCCCGAGUAUCUGAAAGAACGUAAAGUAUUCGUGACAUUGACCUGUGCGUUUCGCUACGGCCGUGAGGAUCUGGACGUUCUGGGCUUGACAUUUCGUAAGGACCUUUUUGUGGCCAACAUCCAAGCCUUCCCACCCGUUCCAGAAGAGAAGAAACCCCUAACGAGGCUACAGGAACGUCUCAUUAAAAAGCUCGGAGAACACGCCUACCCAUUCACCUUUGAGAUCCCUCCAAACCUGCCCUGUUCAGUCACACUUCAGCCUGGCCCAGAAGACACUGGCAAGGCGUGUGGAGUGGACUACGAGGUGAAGGCUUUCUGUGCGGAAAAUUUGGAGGAAAAAAUUCAUAAAAGGAAUUCAGUGCGUUUGGUAAUCAGAAAGGUUCAAUAUGCUCCGGAGAGACCUGGGCCGCAGCCAAUGGCCGAGACCACAAGACAGUUCCUUAUGUCUGACAAACCAUUACACCUGGAAGCCUCCCUUGAUAAAGAGAUCUAUUAUCACGGUGAACCCAUCAAUGUCAAUGUUCAUGUUACAAACAACACAAACAAGACUGUGAAAAAAAUUAAAAUUUCAGUUCGCCAGUAUGCUGAUAUUUGCCUCUUCAACACUGCCCAGUACAAGUGUCCUGUAGCUGUAGAAGAAGCUGAUAAUGAUGUUGUUGCUCCAAGCUCCACGUUCUGCAAAGUCUACACGCUGACGCCAUUCCUCGCCAAUAACCGGGAGAAGCGAGGCCUGGCCUUAGAUGGGAAGCUGAAGCAUGAAGAUACUAAUCUGGCUUCCAGCACACUGUUAAGAGAUGGAGCCAACAAAGAGAUUCUGGGCAUCAUUGUCUCAUAUAAAGUCAAAGUCAAACUGGUUGUUUCUCGAGGAGGCCUUUUGGGAGACCUUGCAUCAAGUGAUGUGGCCGUCGAGCUGCCCUUUACCCUGAUGCACCCAAAGCCCAAGGAGGAGCCUCUGCACAGAGAAGUUCCAGAUAAUGAAGCCCCUAUAGAUACAAAUCUCAUAGAGUUUGAUACAAAUGAUGACGACAUUGUCUUUGAAGACUUUGCCCGGCAGAGACUGAAAGGAAUGAAAGAAGACAAAGAGGAAGAAGAGGAAGGAACGAAUUCUCCUCUAAUGAACGACAGAUAAACUGGGGUCAAGUUAUACCUUUCACUGUGUUUUAACUCGUGGAUUAGGCGUCUUCGUUCCGAGCCUACUGAUUCUGGCAGCCAUUAUUAUCUUAGUGCUGUUCCAUCAUUGUCACUCUGCAUCUUGCUACCUAUCUUGAGUUCCAGCUCCACUAUCUUAAAUGAAACGUGAGAAUUGAAGAGUGCAAUCAUGGUUCGUGCAACAAGUUACGCAACGGAGUUCUCGUAGCACUUUUGUAUUAAUCAAGUCUUUUAUGCAUUUUGUAUAACUCCGGUAGUAUCACAUGCCAAUGUUUGUAACAGAACAGCUAGCUCAGAGGCGAUUCUGUAGCUUUAACGGUUUCUGAAUUUUAAAAA